CUGUAGCUGUCAGCCCUGAAGCUUGUACGUUCUUAUUCCUCCUGAGUAUGGACUAAGGUGGUUUGAUUUGGGAUUUGAGAAAUGUGGCAAAUUGGUUCAGCGGAUAUUGGUAUACAAUAUUGGUAUGUGUAAACAUGGAGAACACAUCAAAUGAGGUAUUCAUGUUUCUGCAGAAACAUUGAAUACUUAAACCUGUAGUGCAGAACGUUUGUCUUCUCCUUCUGACAGUGAGAGUUAUUACACAAAACUGUUGACGCAGGCCUAUGAUGUAUAGGCUCUGCCAUACUGAGUUGCUGCUUUCACUAUAGUCGCUCCCCCCUUCAGCUCUGAAAAACCAAUCAUUGCUGGUCGGCAUAAAACACAUCACUGCCUGUGUGCUAGCACGGGAAUGUCUCCACAGACACUGAUUUAAAAACUCUGCAAAUUCAGUGAACUCGUUUGGUAAGGGCUUGAAUGUAACGGACGUUCAUUUAUAUAACAUUCUCUCUAGCUUGAGGUCUGCAGUAGAAUAUUAAUUAGCUUACCAAGAGAAAGCACAGCUGUGCAGAACAUUUGUAUCCUGUGGUGAAAAUGUAGGUUAAUCAUAGUAACUUGAUGGCUACAUUUACAUAUCUUGAGUUUAUUUGACUACAGGAGCAGCUCUGAGCUGUCUGUGUGAGAAGUUGGAUGUUACUUCAGAUAAACGCAAGAUUUUAAAUAAUAAUUUAUAUGAAAAAUUAUUUUUGCAAAGAAGGUCUUGGGUUACAUCAUUUUUGUAGUUUAAGUUGAAUUUGUGGCUUUAUUAAUAGGUAAUAAAUCAUUUUAGAUAGAUCAGUUUCAGGCCUAUGUCAUAAAUGACCAUUUAUUUGCGUGUCAUCUUAGAGGAGGAUCCAGAGGACCUAGAACCUAGGAAGUUAUUCUGAUGAAUGGCUUAUAACUAAUUUAUAAAGCAUCAUUAAAUAUAUUGGCCAUUAACAUAGACAUUUGUUACAACGUGUAAACCCUUUCAUAAAGAGUUCCUCAUUGUUGUACCUGUAGUUCUUUAACAAAUUGGAAAAAAUAGAAACAGUUGAAAAAUCUGUUUUACCAGAUUUGACAGUUAUAAAAGAUUUACUUUGUGGCUUUUGUAUUUAGAGCUGAAACGAUUAGUUGUGCAUUCGAUUGGUUGGUCAAUGGCCAAAUUAUCUGCAACAACCCAUUAAUUGGUUAUAUCAUUUAUUUUAAGCAAAAAAUAACCACAGUUCUGUGGUUCCAGGCUCUCAGUUGUGAGGAGUUUAUCUCUUUCUCUAUUAUAGAUGAUAGUAAACUGAAUAUCUUUUUUGGACUGUUGGUUGGAGAAAACAAGAGAUGUCAUCAUUGCAUGCCUUUUUCAUGCUAUUUUCUGAUAUUACAUAGAAUGAUUUAUUGAUUGAUCACAUAAAAUAUCAGCACACAGUAAUUGUAUCGAUGGCUAGACACACAUAAAAUGUUUUGUCACAAGUUGAUAUCCCACACUAGUAUACAGGAUACAGUGUGUCGUCACGUGUGAUGUUGAUACAAUUGGCAUGGAGGAACUGAUAGCCGAUUUAGUACAAAAGGAUUUUCUCUCGUGCAGCAUCAGUCUGCCCUACUUACAGAGACGCCGCCGCAGCCUAACCUGCUGUUCCCAGCUGGUGCUGCUUUGAAAUACAGCCCCACCUCCUCCUCUUUUCCUCUCCUCUCCUCUUCAUCUCCCUUUGCCCCUCCUCUCUCAGUCUGUGCAGAAGGCUCCACCCCUCCUGCACCCCCCAACCCCCUCCCUCCUCUGCUCGUUGAGCCGCGUCUUCUCUGCGUCAGACAGCUCCAUUCAUGAAAAGUGUGACGUGAGCAGGUUUUCAGCGACCCGGUGACGCUGCCGGCCACCCACUCACAGCCCAGGUGCUGCGGGAGUUAGAGGAAUGCCUGUCAUUCUCCAGCCUCUGUCUCCUUCUUUUUCCCUGUUUUUCUUUGCCGUUUUUCUACAUUGUGACAGUCAGUUCAGUCCUUCUCCCCUGACUUUUAUUUUCCUCCAUCCCUGCCUCAGAGAUGAGGGUGGACCAUGAAUCUGAGCUCUGUCUGCUGUGAUUUUCAGCAUUCAGACAAACCAGUGUGUUAGGACGCGUCCCACUCAUCAUCACUGGAUAGCCCAUGCACAUGCACGACACCAUGGGUAGCUCCCCCGAGGUGCUCUCGUGGACUUCCUGCCCCAGUCUGCUGGUGGGCAAGCUGAAGGAGGAGCUCAAACUCACCGUGGUUGGCGACACCAUGAAGAAAUCAAACUCGCCCAACUCCCAACCUCAGCCUCCUCAGGCCCCUCCGUCCAACUUACCUCCUCAGAUCAUCACAGACCUGGCCCCGCCGACACACUUGCCCGUUCCCCUGCAGACGCCCGGCCAGGACGAGGACUCUGUGCUGGGGGGUAUAACUCCCCAAAACAUAGCCUUGAGUGUGGACUCGACACGGAGCGAGGGUGGACACUUUGAGAACAGCGUGCUCCAGCUGCAGGAGCAGGACCACGAAGAAGCCGGAUCGCCGGCAUCCUGUGAGCAUGGCGGCGGGUGUGGCAGUGGGAUGGAGGAGCAGAUCGGAGAAGGGGACUGUCCCAUCGACCACAGUGGAGAGGGGAGGCAGAGCCACCCCCAUCACCCUGAUGACAUAAAGCUGCACUUCCACAGAGCAGGACCCGGGUCAGGUGGCUUCUUAGAGGGGCUGUUUGGCUGUCUUCGGCCUGUCUGGAAUAUCAUAGGGAAGACAUACUCGACAGAAUACAAGCUACAACAGCAAGACAUGUGGGAGGUUCCAUUUGAGGAGAUUUCGGAGUUGCAGUGGUUGGGCAGCGGUGCACAAGGAGCCGUCUUCCUGGGCAAGUUCCGCUCAGAGGAGGUGGCCAUCAAGAAGGUGCGCGAGCAGAAGGAGACGGACAUUAAACACCUGCGGAAACUCAAGCAUCCAAAUAUCAUCAGCUUCAAGGGUGUGUGCACCCAGGCACCGUGUUACUGCAUUAUCAUGGAGUACUGUGCCCAGGGCCAGCUGUAUGAGGUGUUGAGGGCGGGGAGAAAAGUGACCCCCAGGAUGCUUGUGGACUGGGCCUCAGGCAUCGCCAGCGGCAUGAACUACCUACACCUGCAUAAGAUCAUCCACAGAGAUCUCAAGUCUCCCAAUGUUUUGGUGACCCACAACGACACUGUGAAAAUCUCAGACUUUGGAACAUCCAAAGAGCUCAGUGACAAAAGCACAAAGAUGUCAUUUGCUGGUACGGUGGCCUGGAUGGCCCCAGAAGUGAUAAGAAAUGAGCCUGUGUCUGAAAAAGUAGACAUCUGGUCAUUUGGAGUUGUGUUGUGGGAACUUCUGACCGGAGAGAUUCCCUACAAAGACGUAGACUCCUCGGCCAUCAUUUGGGGUGUUGGCAGCAACAGUCUCCACCUUCCUGUCCCCUCCACCUGCCCGGAUGGCUUCAAAAUCCUCAUGAAACAAACAUGGCAAGGCAAGCCCAGGAAUAGGCCUUCAUUUCGUCAGAUCCUCCUACACCUCGACAUUGCCAGUGCUGAUGUCCUAGGAGCUCCUCAGGAGACCUACUUCAAGUCUCAGUCAGAAUGGAGAGAGGAAGUGAAGAAACAUUUUGAGAAGAUCAAAAGUGAAGGCACUUGUAUCCACAGGCUGGACGAGGAGCUGAUCCGACGCAGGCGGGAUGAACUCAGGCACGCUCUUGACAUCCGAGAGCACUAUGAGAGGAAACUGGAGAGAGCCAACAAUCUCUACAUGGAGCUCAGUGCCAUUAUGCUGCAGCUAGAGGUCCGAGAGAAGGAACUAAUGAAGAGAGAGCAGGCAGUGGAGAAGAAAUAUCCCGGGACCUAUAAGCGCCACCUGGUCAGACCCAUUGUCCGGUCCAACGCCGUAGAGAAGCUCAUCAAGAAGAAAGGAAGCAUUUCCCACAAACCUGGGAUGCCCCCCACUAAAAGGCCAGACUUGCUUCGUUCUGAUGGCAUCCCCAGCGUCGACCCUCUCCCCUCCCCCUCUCCACUAUCAGCUAGCCCAAAGGUCUCCACACCUCCUGGCAAAGCCCGGUACCGAAGCAAGCCCCGGCAUCGCCGUGCCAACAGUAAAGGAAGUCAUAGCGAGUUCCACGGGCUGCUGAAGACUCUCGCUGGGGCACAAGAAGACACCCAGUCUCUUCAGGAGCAGCAGUUCCUCCAUCACCACCACCACCUACCAACCGAGGGGCCCUUCCUCCCUUUGAAGGGCCGUGAGGAGGCCGUCGUCAACUGUGCCAACAACCUGCGCUACUUCGGCCCCGCCGCUGCCCUCCGUAGCCCUCAGACAGACCACCUGCAGCGCCGCGUUUCUGGUUCCAGCCCUGACAUCAUAUCAACCGCCGUGGAUGCAGACACACGACAGCGGACUUCAUCCACUGGCUCCAAUCCUGUCUCGGGUGCUGGUGCUGGGUCUUUGUGUCCCUGCUGCCAGGCUCACCCCUUCCCUGGCUGCCUACACUGUCAGGAGACCCCUCCUGCGUCGAGCCAACCAGAGUUGCCCCACUACUCACUGCUCAACACCCAGGAAGGCACCCCAUCUUCUUUAGGGGCUCCCAGCAAAGAUCCAUCCUUGGACAGAGAGUCCACAAAGAAGGCUGAGCCACAGGAACAAGAGGCAUCCCAACACACUCACACCCUGCCCACUGCACUGCCCCGCACUCUCAGACCUCUCAGGAAGGGUGGCGAUGAGUCAUCUGAAGAGGAAGAGGGGGAGGUUGAUAGUGAAGUGGAGUUUCCAAGGAGACAGAGACCUCAUCGCUGCAUGAGCAGCUUCCAGUCCUACUCCACCUUCAGCUCAGAGAACCUGUCGGUGUCUGAUGGAGAGGAGGGAAACACCAGCGACCACUCCCACAGUGGGCCUCUCGAGAGGCUGAGCGCUAGUCAGGAGGAGCACCUGGACGAGCUGCUGUCGCACACACCCGACAUCCCCAUCGACAUCUCCACCCAGUCAGACGGCCUCUCUGACAAGGAGUGCGCUGUCCGCAGGGUGAAGACCCAGAUCUCACUGGGAAAACUGUGCUCUGACGAACACAGCUACGAGAAUCCGCUACAGUUUGGGGACUCGGACUGUGAUACGUCAGAAGCAGAGUGCUCCGAUGCCACCAUUAGAAACAAGAAAGUCGGGGCCCCUUCCUCGUGGUGAAACCCGCCCAAGGGCUGGGUUCCAUUUUUGCCUGGAGGCCAUCGUGUCCCACUCUGCCCUGCAGAAUAUACAGCAAUAAGAGGAUGGCAUUGUAAACAAAGCUCCCUAUAGCAAAGUCCCCAUGCAAUCUCUCCCAGAACCCCCCCUCCACCCCUACCUUCUCUUCAUAAAAUCCAGUCUCCCUCAUUUCUAGCACAACAUCCAGGCAACCCAUGGCAGGGAUUCCCUUUUGAAUGAUAAUGUACAGUAGAUAGUGGAACAUUCAUAAUUUAUUUUUGUCUGAGUUUUGAAGGAUAAUUCAGGACCAACGGAGAAAAAAAAAUGACAUUUUGAAACUGAGCAUGGGCGAACUGUUUGUUGGGGAGAGACUGAGACUGGACAGAGAUGCAGAUGAUGAGAAGGAAAGAUGCGUUGAAGUGCUUCUGUAUCGGACGUGGACGACUAGCAGUGUGAAGUUGCAUCACUGCGAUUGUUGGACGUAGGAGUGACGCUGAUCUGGCUUCGGUUGUUCUCACCAUCUUACUGUUUUAGACUGAAAUCCCUAACCAACAAGGACUCCCUCUUACUAACGAAAGACCAACCUGCUUUAUCAUGAGUUUACAUUGCAGAGCCCCAAUACCCACACUUCCGUCCCGUCCCCACCAAUGUUGAGUGGGGAUCAGGGAGCUGCUGAAACUGAAAACAGUGUGAACACCAGCAUGAACAACCGGCCUCCCUCCCUCCUCAGAGCCAACACACGUGUCUAGUCAUCAGGAUCCCCGCUGAACUGUCCUAGCAUGCCUGAGCAGCUCGCAAAAUGCAAUAGCUGCCAUAAGACUGCAUGAAGUGGACAAGCUAGCAGAGCAACAGAGAUGAAGAGUCAGCUGACAGCAAAGGAAAAGAUAAAAAAACCCUCUUCCUCUGCGACCCAGCUCAUCCUCCUCCAAGACACGCCAACGUCAUUUUCAUCAUCAAUCAGACGUCAUGACCCAGAGUAGUUGAGGGAGUUAUCUGUGUGUGUGUGUGUGUGUGCGCGUGUGUGUGUGAUGACACGAAGCCCUUUCCUCUCCAUUAGACAUUACAGUUUCAAGUCUCAUCUCAGGAUUGUUCGAGGAGAAACUGGACUGGACCAAUUAUUGUAUGUUGGAACAUUCUUUGAGUGGAAUAUAUAAUGGACCAUGCAGGAAUAUAAUUUUUUUUUUAAAAGAAAAAAAACAUCUUACAGGUAGCUGUGAUGUUCAACCCUUUAUUGCUGUAACUGACUUUAAUAUUAUGUAGAGAUGUAAGCAUUUUUAGUUGCAAUCCAGGUGCAGUAUCCCAUUUCUUGACAAAGUGCAGCGUAUCCCAUGUACCAUUUUCUAGCAGGGUAAAUGUAUACUGUCUAAUAAGCAGUGUCCAGAAACAUGCUAAUUGUAUUUCCUGUGCUGUAGUGAAUAAAAACAGCAAUAACAUAUAUGUUGGUGCUCAGGUGACAAAGAAGUUGCUUGCUCAGGAUCCGAGGCGUCUAGCUGGCUAGACACAAUGCAGUGACUGGUGGCUAGAGGAGAGCAGCAAGUGUCAAACAGCUUAUUAUAGAUGCUAUAUUUAAAAAAAUAAAAAAAAGUCCAAUUUUUUGAACUCAUCUUUCCAGGGAAUGGUGGGGUGGGGGUUGAUGCUCAGGUUUUAUGUUGCCGCUUGCUAGCAGGAGCAAUAUAUCAACAGCCACUAGAUGGCGACAGUUACAAUGACUUACUUUUCCUUAGCAAGUAAAUAUCCUGGCACCAUUACUUUUUUCUCCCUACCCAAAAUAAUUUAUCCCAUGACUAUCCAAAUCCUAGAAUCCCAGCAAUAUCACUCUUUUUUUUGUCUUUGGUCGUCUUUGAUAAAGGAUACUGCAUCUGUGAGAGCUUUAUUUUUCUCCCUGUUAGAGUGUUUGUCAUCCACCUUAAUAACUUUGCGGUUAAAAAAAAAAAAAAAGGCCAGCCACGGUUCAAUUUAACAAUAAUGAUGUCAAGAUGUCAGCUCAAGUGUACGCAGACGGCUGAGAUUCUUAUUAGGAAUAUAAGCCAGAGACAAGGCCACAGCGCAAUUAAGCUGCUCACGGUUUUCAACAACCUUGUCUCAGUGUUAGUUACUCCUGUAUAUAAACAUCUGUAAAUGUAAUGUAACCUGUUUAUGUCCUCUCUCUUUAACGUAUAUAUCACACAGCUCUGACAGAGCCUCGAGCUUCUGUCGAUGACGACCAGCCGACUGGCUGAGAAUGAGCAGGAAAUUCUUUUAUCUGUGUUACAUCAGUAUUAAACACUGCAGGAGGGUGUGAGACAUAAGAACCGAGUAGCACAAGGUAAAUCUGAAACCGUACUGAUGGAUAAAGGACCUUUUUGCUCAAAAGCUUUGAGAAGGCUUACACCUGGUAGUGAGAGCAGCUGCUGCCUUUCCUCGAGCCUCCUUCAACCUUCUUCACUCUGUUUACGUACGUGUGAAAUAACCUAGUGUAUCGCAAUGACUGGGUAAUCCGAUCAAGCUGUUAAUAACAUUAUCUUUCUGGCAUAUAUCCUGUGAAGUAUGAUUGUUGUAAAGGUUUAAUUUAAUUUUGAUUCUUGUUUUUCUUUGUAGCUGGCCUACACGAUUAUUGAAUUAAUUUAUUAUGAAUGACUGGUAAGGUGUUGUGUUCUUUUUAAUUUCAGGCAGCUUUAGAAAUGUCAUGACCUACAAUUUUUCCUGAAAAGUAUUAUUUAAAGGAAGCACAAUGAAUUGGAAUGGGAAGAGGACAGUGUUUGUAUGGUGAAGCAAAAGCAGACAUCUACUCUUAUUUUUUUUUUAUCUUUGUGACCCUCCAGGGGACCAUUCAUUGUUUAGCUUGUCAUUGCAGAUGAAGUAUUGAUUUAACAGAUUUAUCAGUAAUUAGCAUCAUCAAGUGUUCCUAAAGCUUUUUUAUCUCGACAUGGGCUAUAAGGGACCACUUGAAGCCAGCCAGUCCACUGACUGUCACGUCAGAGUAAAAACUGAAGGUAUGUGGGAUGAUGAUUUCUGUACUUGUGCAGAGAUCCCUUCCUUUCAUUUUUAAUCAAAAAUACCAGUUACUUACAUUUGAAUUUCUGUGAAAUUGUCUCUAACUGUGGACAUCAUGUUGCCUCAUCCCAUGUAUCAAACUUUUUUUUUUUGUUAUGCUCAUUUUCACACGUCCCUUUCCUGUUGAUUGGCAUUAUGAUCAACCCAGUCCUGUCAGUUUCCUGUAUUAUCCAAUGCAUACAGUGCAAUGGGCAUCUGGGAGAAUAAAAUCAGAGCAAACAACUGCAUGGAAUAAAUGCUGAUGUACUGUACCCAA